UUUUUGGAUAAAGGUAAAACUUUUGAGAAGAAAGAUACAACAACGACAAAAACAACAACCACAACUACAAUAACUGAAGAGAAGAAAGAGGAAGAGGGAGAAAAGCAGAAGGAAGAAGAGAAAAAACCAACAAUAGAAUUACAAAAAUCGAGUACAAUUACAGAAGGGACAUCAACUAUUGUUGAAACAAAAACAGAAGAAGAAAAGGAAGAAAAAAGAAUUGAAGUUGUUGAUAAAUCUCUUCAAUUACCAUCAUUAUUACCUAAAGAAAAAACAAUGGAAGAAGAAGAAUUGCCGCGUUCUUCAAGUGCAACUUCUAGACCUGGAACUCCAACAAUUUGGGAUCAAUUUCGAGUUUUAGGUGAACAAUAUUCGGGAGCUGAUGAUCAAAUUGCUUUGGCUACAGAAAGAAGAGAUUCUUUAGAUGAUAUUUUAAUUAAAAUGGAUACAUUAGAGAAACAACAAAUAUUGCCGGUAGUUGAAAAACAUGAAGUUAUUAUUGAAGAAUUGGAUAAAGAAAAGGAUGAAGAAAUUGAAGAUCAAGAAGAAGAGAGGAAGGAGGAUGAAGAAGAAAGAAAGGAAGAGGAGGAAGAAGAGAAGGCGGAGACGGGUAAGGGUUUGGAAAAUGAAAAGGAUACAACAACGCUUGGUGAUGAAACUGGAUUAGCUGAAGAAAAAACUGAAGGAGAUGUUAAAAAAGAAAAGGAAGUAAAAGAAGGAAAAAUAAAAUUGGAAGAAAAUAUUAAAAAAGGUAUAGAAAUUUUACCUAAAAUAGAAAAAGAUGAAGAACAAGGGAAAUUGGCUACAAAGAAAGUUGAGGUGUUCAAAAAACAAUAUUUAGAAAAACAACAAAAACUUCCAUCAAUUCCUCCUUUAGACAUUAAAAAAUGCACCAGGCAACAUCCUUCAUCUUCAACUUUAAUUAAAACAAAAAAAGAAGUUCCAAGAUUGGAUAGAAUUGAAAAAGCAACAAAAAAUACUUUGAAAAAGGAUGAAAAAGAUGUUUUUGUUUUAGUUAAAGGACGUCGAGUUUUUGAUGAACAUGAAAGGAAAACACCUUUAUUUUCUUUAAGAAGAGAAAAUAAACAAAAAGAAGAAAGAAUAUUACCAAAACAAAAACAACAAAAGAUUGAAUUAAAUGAGAAGAAAAGAACGGAGUUGAAGAAGGAGGAGAAUACUCAACCUAAAAUCAAGUAUAAAUUUUUUUAUAGUAGUAGGGACUUAAUGGGAGACACGGGUUCGAUGCCUGGUGGCAGUUUGGGGCUGUUUUAUGUAGGCCCUGUAUACAUAGUACUUUAG